UAGUACUGAAAUUGAACAAGAUUAUGUUUGGCGCCUCCAAUUCAUGGCUAUUACUACCACUAUUAUCCAAACCACACCAUCUCCUCUCCUCCAUUCUCAAACUACUCCCCCAUUCUCAUCUCCCACUCCACCUUCUUCACUCUUCACCAAACCCCACCACCACCACCACCCUCGUUUCUCCAUUUCCACCGCUCAACCUCCCCCGUCACCCAUCCCCACUCACCACAAAAAUGACCUCUUCUCUAACCCAUCCGUCAUCGACAUCGACAUUGACCAUUUGCUAUACUUGCUCCGAAUUUCCGCCAAAUACACUGAUAUCAACCUGGCACGAGCUCUACAUGCUUCCAUUCUCAAGCUCGGGGACGAUACUUAUCUGGGUAAUGCGCUAAUUAUAGCUUACUCCAGGCUGGGUCUUGUUUCUGAUGCUUAUCACGUUUUCAAGGGUCUUUCUGACCCUGAUGUUGUCUCUUACAAUGCUUUGGUUUCUUGUUUUGUUAAGGGGAAUCAAGAAUUGAAAGGUAUAGAGCUUUUUUUUAGAAUGAGGAGUAGUAGUAUUGAGGCUAAUGAGUAUGGUUUUGUUUCUGUUUUAACCGCGUGUAGUAGGAUUUUGAAGUUUGAAUUGGGUUUUCAGAUUCAUGGUUUGUUGAUGAAGAUGGGUUUUGUGGAGUGUGUGUUUGUUAUGAACGCUUUAAUGUUUUUGUAUGGUAAGGCGGGUUUUUUGGACUCUGUCGCUCAAGUGUUUGAUGAAACGCCUCAGAGAGAUGUUGCAACUUGGAAUACUAUGAUAUCGAGUUUGGUUAAUGAGUCGUUAUAUGGGAAAGCGUUAGACUUGUUUCGAGAUUUCUGUGGAACUACUAGUCUUAGAGGUGAUCAGUUUACUCUGUCGUCGGUGUUGACUGCUUGUGCCGAGGGGUGUGGUUUGAUGGGAGGGAGAGAGGUUCAUGCGCACGCCUUUCGGAUUGGGCUAGAGGCGAAUAUGAGUGUUAACAAUGCGCUUAUAAAAUUGUACACCAAGUAUGGAAGUCUUAAAGAAGUGGUGUCUGUGUUUGAGAGGAUGCCGGUGAGAGAUGUAAUUACUUGGACGGAAAUGAUAGUGGCAUAUAUGAAUUUUGGCUCUGUCCAGUUGGCGGUGGAGCUAUUUGAGAAGAUGCCGGAGAGGAAUUCCGUUUCUUAUAAUGCUAUGUUGUCUGGAUUUUGUAACAAUGGUGAAGGGAUGAUGGCACUAGGUUUAUUUUUUAAGAUCAUCCGAGAUGGACUAGAAGUAACUGAUUUCACUUUGACCAGUCUCGCAAGUGCCUGCGGGAUGAUAAUGAGAGUUGAAAUUAGUAGACAAAUUCAUGCAUUUAUCAUAAAGUUUGGUAUUAGAUCAAAUCCUUGCAUUGAAACAGCUUUGCUUGAUAUGUACACGAGGUGUGGUAGAAUGCGUGAUGCUGACAAAAUGUUGCGUGGUUGGCCAUCCAAUCAGGAAAACUCAAUAAUUAGAACAUCAAUGCUAUGUGGUUAUGCUCGAAAUGGUAUGCCAGAAGAGGCAAUUUCUCUUUUCCAGCAAAGCGUCUCAGAAGGAACUAUAGUUGCAGAUGAGGUUACUUUGACCUCAAUCCUCGGUGUUUGUGGGACUUUAGGUUUUCAGGGUAUGGGAGAGCAAAUCCACUGUCAUGCUCUUAAAACUGGAUUUGUAGCUGACGUAGGAGUAGGAAAUUCAAUAAUUAGUAUGUAUUCGAAGUGUUACAACUUGAAAAACGCAAAUAAAUCUUUCAACACCAUGCCAGCGCAUGAUUUAGUCUCAUGGAAUUGUCUGAUUUCUGGCUAUCUCCUUCACAGGCAAGGAGAUGAAGCCUUGGCUGUCUGGUCAAGGAUGGAGAAGGAAGGUAUAAAACCUGAUUCAGUCACUUUUGUAUUGGUCAUUUCAGCAUAUAAUCAUACUAAAUCAAAUUUAGUUGAAGUCUGUCGUUGUUUGUUUUUCUCUAUGGAAAAUAUUUAUGAUAUUAAGCCCACUUCCGAGCAUUAUGCCUCCUUCGUCAGCGUUUUGGGAUGUUGGGGUUUGCUUGAAGAAGCAGAGGAAAUGAUCAAUAAAAUGCCAUUUAAUCCUGAGGUUUCUGUUUGGCGAGCUUUGCUUGAUAGUUGCAGACUUCAUCAGAAUUCAAGCAUCGGAAAACGAGUUGCAAAGCAUAUACUUACGAUGGAGCCACAAGAUCCAUCGACAUAUGCUCUUAUUUCAAAUCUGUAUUCUGCAUCUGGGCGGUGGCAUUGCUCAGAUAUUGUCAGAGCCAAUAUGCGAGAGAGAAGGAUUCAAAAGCACCCAUGUCGAAGCUGGAUUAUUCUUCAGAAAAAAGUCCAUUCAUUUUAUGUAAGAGAUAAAUUCCAUCCCUGUGUAAAAGACAUCUAUAGCGGACUAGACGUAUUGAUCUUGGAAUGCCUGAAAGCUGGAUAUAAGCCCGACACGAGCUUUGUUCUUCAUGAAGUAGAAGAACAUCAAAAGAAGGAUUUCUUAUUCUAUCACAGUGCAAAACUAGCAGCUACUUAUGGUCUUUUAGUAACCAGACCAGGAGAACCCAUUAGAAUUGUGAAAAACAUACUUCUAUGUGGGGAUUGCCACGCAUUCUUGAAAUUCGCUUCAUCUGUCACCGGAAGAGAGAUUCUGUUAAGAGAUACUUCCGGGUUUCAUCAUUUUUCAAACGGUCAAUGCUCCUGCAAAGAUUAUUGGCGAUAAUUACUUGCAAGGUGAGCCUAAUUGUACAUUCUUAACUCUCUUUUUAUCCUUUUCAUGUUUGGUGAUAGAAUGCAUAGACACAAAUAUAUAGAAAUGUAGAGCCUUAAUUGCUGGUAAAUUUAGAACUCUGUAAUUUCUUAUGAAAGUCAGUAAAAUGGAAAUGGUUCAUAACACAAA